AUGUUUCCCAUAUUUGUCACUUCUGUAAUGUAUGCACUGGCAAAGUGCACAAUCUUUUUUUCCUAUGCGGCCGCAUUUUACGUCGGUGUUUUGUUGAUACUCGAUGGGAAGGUUGAAAUGCUUAGCAUGUUCAGAGUAUUCGCUGUUAUGACCUUUAGCGCACAAAUGUUGGGUGAACAUGUUCUUAUGAUUCCUGAGAUGAAAAAGGCUAUUCUUUGCAGUAAAAAGACUCUCAGGACUCUAAAGCGGAAGACCCUUAUUCCAGAAGAUGAAGGUCUAAAGCCCGAAAGCGAGUUUCGCGGACAGGUGGAAUUUCGAAAUGUUUAUUUUCGCUAUCCAACUCGGCCUACUAUUCCUGUUCUCAGAGUAAGAAAAAGUAAUUUUUCUUUUAUUAUUCUUUUGUUUCUACCUCUUGAGACAAGAAUAUAUUAUUUAGGCAAAGCUAUGAAUACCAAGAUGGUGUGGCCUUUUGUGUGGUCUUAA